AUGCCUGACACAUUCCAAACCGGCAAGAUUGACAACGACUCUCAGUCAAACUCUACUAGCAAGGCAGCCCAGUCUCAAAGCGCAAAGCUUUUUGCAGCCCACAAGGCGAAUCCGGGUCCUGUCGUUCCUCAAAGCAUGCCAGAGCAAGAGGGGACUAAGGAGGAAAGGCAAGCAAAGGCCAAAGAGUUGAACAAAUAG